AACGACUGCACAAAGUUAGCGAGAGAAACCUGUUGGUUUUAAACUGAAGAGAAUAUAUCUGAAAAAGAAUCUCCAGCUCGACUCAGAGAGAUGGAUCAAACCGAGGUGGUGAAGCCAGCAACUCUGGAUGAGCUGAUAAAAAUCCUGCAUAAAAUCUUCGAGAGUGACUGCAUCAAUGUUGAGGAGGUCCAAAAUAUAAUGGAAUCAUAUGAGAGCAACCCUCAGGAGUGGAUGAAAUAUGCAAAGUCUGACCAGUACAGAUACACAAGGAACUUGGUCGAUGAGGGUAACGGGAAGUUCAAUCUCAUGAUUCUGUGCUGGGGAGAAGGCCAUGGCAGUAGCAUCCACGACCACACAAACUCCCAUUGUUUCAUGAAGCUGCUGCAGGGACAGCUGAAGGAGACGCUGUUUGACUGGCCGGACGGUAAAUCACAAGGAAACAUGGUCCAGAAGUCGCAGAGAAUUCUCCAGGAAAACAAGGUUGCUUACAUAAAUGACUCCAUUGGCCUGCAUCGUGUGGAAAAUGGCAGCCACACAGAGGGUGCAGUCAGUUUGCAUCUCUACAGUCCCCCGUUCCAAACGUGCCAGACCUUUGACCAGCGGACGGGGCACAGGAACACUGUCAAGAUGACCUUCUGGAGCAAAUACGGAGAGAGGACUCCAUUUGAAACCACAGCUUCACAAGAGAACAACUAAUGGCCACCAAAGGAGGCUCCAGAUGAUGAAGACAGUUGCAUUUAAAAUGACACUGUUGUGAAAAUCAUUCAAGGGGAACUGCUGGGGAAGCGAAACGUGGACCUACUAUGACUAAGCACCCAUUUAAAAAUCAGGAGCGGGCCGGUUCAAAAGGACAACCCAGUAAUUAGAAUGGCUUUAUCACUGCCCAGUGUGAGCUUGGCAAAUACUGAUGAGCACAGGACGAAUGCAUGAAUAGGCUUGGACAUGGAUUGAAUCUGCCUUUUGUUUGCUGGGCCUGAGGAGACCCUUUUCCAAUAACAACAUUCCUGUCUAUCCAUGACCUGUGUAACCACACUUUUGUAAAGUUAUGGCCGAUAGUCUAAAUAAUAGAGCUUUAGCAUUUCAAAAAGGGUUAAAAAAAAUUGCUCAUAUAGUGUUUCUCUUAAAUUUUAUAUCUCAAGAAAUGAAAAACAGUUCUGCAAUCAACAGUUUUGUUAUCAGUGGAGCACUUUUAUAGCUGUAUUUACUGUCGAUUUAUACCACUCAAAAUUGUCUUAACACUUGCUGAAAAUUGUGACGAAAUGUAACAUUGUUUGUAUAAUCUAAUCAAAAAAAUGUUCCAUUUGCAUUUGGAAAAAGAAAUGUACAGCUUUAGAGUUGUGUUGUUUUUAAAAGUGUGAUGGUUGUAAUUUAUUUGCAGGUUAUUCUGUUCACCCAGGGAGUGUUUGAAUUAGAAAGCGACGUGUUACUCCUAAAUGUAUUCAUGCUAAAGUUUUUGACCAAGAGCGUCUUGUGGACAGAUUAUUUUGUAUUAUUAGCAGACAAUUAUGUUUAGAUGAAACUCGUACUUUUUCUCAGGAUUCUGGCAUAUUUUAAUUGUAGCUGUAUUUAUAUAAUGUGUAGUUUUUACAGCAUAGCACCUCUCAUAGCACUGUCAAAAGCAUGCAUGAUUUCUGUGAUGCAGUAAAUUAUGAAUCUGGCCAUAACUGUAAAACAAUUAAACACAACUAUCCUUUCGCAGAA